ACAACGGUGUCACGAAGAGAGGGGGGGAGAGCCCGUUUAUGGAUAUUGACGACUGGAGAACACACUUAUUCCGGUUAAUCAUAUGAGGUGUUGACAACCAGUGAGCCUAAGAGGUAACUUAUCGCACAGUCUCAGCCCUCUUUUAUGGGGUAAAUUCAGUAAGUUUUUCAAGUGCCGCCAGAAGUUGUUCGUAAUGGGCUGGCAUUUCUUUCGCUUUAUAACCUCGUUUUCACGGUGCAGGGAACGAGGCGGUUGACGGGGCAAAAAUCGUUUACAUUAGUUAAAGGAAUUUAAUUACGGGAUAUUUUGAGGUGGAUUCUUCGCUUUAGUCACACUCACGGUGUUGCUUGCACAACUGGAUACUAAAAAUGACUUUCGAAAGAUUUUUCUUCGUGUUUGCUUUACCGGGAUUGAUGUUGUCGGACCCCGGGCAUCCAAACCAAGUGAUUCUUUUGGACACUACGGCUGUGCUAGGAGAACUAAGCUGGAAGACCUACCCAGUAAAUGGGUGGGAUGCCAUCACGGAGAUGGAUGAGCAUAACCGACCCAUCCACACCUUCCAGGUGUGCCAUAUAAUGGAACCCAACCAGAACAAUUGGCUCCGUACCAACUGGAUACCCCGUCAGGCUGCACAGAAGAUCUAUGUGGAGCUUCGCUUCACCCUGCGGGACUGCAACAGUAUCCCCUGGGUCUCUGGCACCUGCAAGGAGACUUUUAACCUCCUCUACUAUGAGACAGAUGAGCCGCAUGGUGCCACGGCUCAUUUUCAUCCCAAUGACUAUGCCAAAAUCGAUACUAUUGCCGCUGAUGAAAGUUUCACACAGACAGACUUGGGUGAUCGUGUUCUGAGGCUCAAUACCGAGGUGCGGGAAGUGGGACCAAUAGCUCGAAAGGGUUUCUACUUGGCCUUCCAGGAUGUGGGUGCCUGUAUCGCCCUUGUGUCCGUGAGAAUUUAUUACAAAAAGUGCCCAUCCACCCUGAGAAACCUAGCCGCCUUCCCAGACACUGUACCACAGGUGGAUUCCUCAUCUUUGGUGGAGGUCAGAGGGGCGUGUGUUGAGAAUGCUGAGGAACGUGACACACCCAAGCUGUACUGUGGAGCUGAUGGUGAUUGGCUCGUGCCACUGGGUCGUUGUGUCUGUAGCAUAGGCUAUGAGGAGAGUGACGGCCUAUGUAUUGCCUGCAGAUCCGGGUUCUACAAAGCCUUUGCAGGAAACAUCAAAUGUUCAAAGUGUCCCCCUCACAGUUUGAGCCACACUGAGGGUUCGGCACUGUGUCACUGCGAGAAAGGCUACUUCAGAACCAGCAAGGACCCUCCUACCAUGGCCUGUACACGACCGCCCUCCUCUCCUCGAAACUUGGUCUUUAACAUCAACGAGACAGCCCUCUUUCUGGAGUGGACUCCGCCCAGUGACACAGGUGGUCGGAAGGAUGUAACCUAUAAUGUCUUAUGUCAUCGAUGCGGAGCUGAUGGGCAGGUCUGCGAGCCAUGCAACAGCAACAUGCGCUUCAUACCAAGACCUGUGGGCCUCACGAGCACCUCUGUGGUGGUCCAGGACUUUGUGGCACAUGCCAACUACACAUUCCAGAUCGAAGCUCUGAAUGGAGUGUCAGGGAUGGGCAGACCCAUUAGACAGCUGGCCAAUAUCACUGUCAGUACCGAGCAGGCUGGUCCGUCUCUGGUUGGUGUGGUGAGAAAAGACUGGGCAUCUCAAACCAGUAUUGCCAUCUCUUGGCUGGAAACCAAACAACCACACGCUGCCAUCCUGGACUAUGAGAUCAAAUAUUAUGAAAAGGAACAGGAACAGUUAAGUUACUCCUCCACGCGCACUAAGUCUCCAAGUGUGAUAGUCACCGGACUAAAGCCCUCCACGGUUUAUGUGUUCCAUGUGCGAGCUCGCACCCUUGCCGGCUACAGCAGUUACAGCCCAAAGUUUGAGUUUGCCACAGGAGAUGAGAACUCUGAGGAAGCAGCUGAUCAGGGCCAGGUGUUGGUGAUUGUUACAGCCACAGUGGGGGGCAUCUCUCUUCUCAUCAUUCUCACCCUCUUCCUUUUCAUCACUGGCAGGUGUCAAUGGUACAUCAAAUCUAAGAUAAAGUCAGAAGACAAAAAAAGAACACAGUAUCAAAAUGGACAUGUGCCAUUCCCAGGAAUAAAAACUUAUAUUGACCCAGAUACUUACGAGGACCCCUCACAGGCUGUUCAUGAGUUUGCCAAGGAAAUCGAUCCGUCUCGUAUCCGAAUCGAAAGGGUCAUUGGAGCAGGUGAGUUUGGGGAGGUUUGCAGUGGCUGUCUCCGUAUACCGGGAAAAAAGGAAAUUCCUGUGGCCAUAAAGACUCUGAAGGGAGGAUACACAGAGCAUCAGAGACGGGACUUCCUGCGAGAGGCGAGCAUCAUGGGACAGUUUGAUAACCCUAACAUCAUCAGGCUGGAGGGAGUGGUCACUAAAAGUCGGCCUGUGAUGAUAGUGGUGGAAUACAUGGAGAAUGGCUCGUUGGACUCUUUUCUGAGGAGGCAUGACGGGCAUUUCACCGUGAUCCAGCUGGUUGGUAUGCUGCGUGGCAUUGCUUCUGGUAUGAUGUACCUGUCCGACAUCGGCUAUGUCCACCGGGACCUGGCAGCCCGGAAUAUUCUGGUGGAUGACAACCUGGUGUGUAAGGUGUCAGACUUCGGCCUGUCUAGAGUGCUUGAGGACGACCCAGAGGCAGCUUACACCACCACGGGUGGUAAGAUUCCUAUCCGAUGGACCGCUCCAGAGGCAAUUGCGUACAGGAAGUUCUCCUCAGCCAGUGAUGUUUGGAGCUACGGCAUUGUCAUGUGGGAGGUGAUGUCAUAUGGGGAGCGGCCCUACUGGGAGAUGUCUAAUCAAGAUGUAAUCUUGUCUAUAGAGGAGGGCUAUAGGCUCCCAGCGCCCAUGGGCUGCCCCGUGGCCCUGCACCAGCUCAUGCUACUGUGCUGGCAGAAAGAACGCAGUCGGCGACCACAUUUUAGCGACAUGGUUAGCUUCCUAGACAAGCUGAUCCGCAAUCCCAGCAGCCUGCUCACACUGGUGGAGGAUGUAAAUAGCUUUCCAGAAUCCCCUGAGGAUAUGCCAGACUACCCUCUCUUCAUAUCCAUUGGUGAUUGGCUGGAUUCCAUCAAAAUGAGCCAAUACAAGAACAACUUCACAGCAGCAGGGUACACCACCCUGGAUUCAGUCUCCACGAUGAGUAUUGAUGAUGUUAGAAGAAUCGGAGUGUCUCUGAUUGGCCACCAGAGGAGGAUAGUGAGCAGCAUACAGACACUACGAUUGCAGUUCCUCCAUGUUCAGCAAAGUGACUUCCAUGAAAAUUGGAUGAUUUACCCAGAGGAACUACAGUAAACAAUGGAACAAUGGCACCACUCUGUUGUUAUGAAGAUGUCAUCUGUCAAUCAUCCUGCAAGUUCUGUGAUUGACUGGACUCCAAAUCUGAGAACUUUUAAUAGUAUAUUUGCUAUUUUAAUGUAUUGAAUUGAUUAUGUGUCUUGAGAGAUUUUUCUGGUUUAUUCAUCGAGCUUCUUCCUGAGCCUCUAAAACGAGAGACCAUGGAUCUGCUGAAUGUCUUCAGCUUAAAAUGGCUAUUAUACAUUGUUUAUCACAUCUAAUAUUUAUCUUGAUAUUUAUAUGUAUAUGUGUGAGUUUGUUUCAUUUUGGUUGCAUUUUGUUUUGUUUUGUUUUUUCUAAGCAAUAUGCGCAGUCUUUAGAAAAUCAAGAAAAGAGACAAGGUAGGGAGUGGAGAGCUUUAUCUUGCUCUGUUUUAAAAUUCCACACAAAGCCAUGGACUUCCUCAGGCUGUCAGCUAGGUGGUAAAAGUCUGACCUUUCUGACCUUUCAGAAAAUGUAAGCCAUUUUCUUAUUCCUGUGUACCACAGUCAAAUUGAACAAACUUAUAAAAAUCCACUCAGACCAAGAUUUGAGAACUGCACACAUUUGUUCAUUCUGCUAAGGUGUACAGUAUCUUAGACACCUCUGAUAUUUUAUUAGUUUGCCUUGUGACCACACAACUAUUGUAGUGGAGAAUCGUUGAGGUAACAGGUUGCAGUAAAAUGUAUUCAUACAGAAAAUUUGAAAACAAAGCACUGCAUGUUAGCAAGUACUAUUUAUCCCAAUACAGCAGGGACUAAAUACACACACACGAAUUCUGUAGCAGGUCAACAUGCACAUUAGCAGUCUCCUUGGCUUCCACACAGACGUACAAGCACACAAUAGUUUACCACAUGCUCAUUAGCUGAGAAUCUGUCCCGUCCACCAACUGGCUCUUUGUAUCUGAACACAUGUUGUGGACACUGAGACCACUUUACAAACUGCUAGUUGCAAUUUGCAAAUGUCAAAAGUGAACGAGAACAGAGUGCUUAGUUCAUGCAGGGCAAGGGAAAUGUAUUGUUCAUAGUAAUCUAAUUGUACAUUAUUUUUAUAAUUUAUAAAGAGUAAAGAGAGAUAAAGGUGAUAUAGGCUGAAUGUUUGU